UCCUCCUUUUUAACUUGAAAUGAGGUCAGGUUUAUUUCACCUAUAUAAUUUUUUCUUGACCAAAAAGAAAAAGCAGACUGUUACGUGGCCAUACUCGACUACCUCCUCCAUAUAAACCCAAACACACCGUUGCAGAUCCUCCCGAUUUUCAGUGUGUGAGAAAUCACCGAUGGAUUUGUUACCGGCGGAAACGUCAUCGGAGAUUGUGAAGAAGCACCGAUUUAGGUCACUGAAAAUGGUGGACUUGAAUUACGAACAGCUUUUAUCCGAUGUUCCGUACGGAGCGGACUACGGUACACUCGACAAUGGCCUCAGUUAUUAUGUACGAUUGAAUUCCAAACCUAAAAUGAGAGCUGCACUCGCACUCGCUGUCAAAGUCGGAUCAGUUUUGGAAGAGGAAGAAGAACGGGGAGUCGCCCACAUAGUUGAACAUCUUGCUUUCAGUGCCACUAAGAAAUACACAAAUCAUGAUAUUGUCAAGUUUCUUGAAAGCAUUGGAGCAGAGUUUGGUGCUUGUCAGAAUGCAGUUACAUCAGCUGAUGAAACAGUUUAUGAGCUGUUUGUUCCUGUUGACAAACCCGAGCUCUUAUCCCAAGCCAUUUCCGUCUUGGCAGAGUUUAGUUCAGAGAUUCGAGUAUCAGCAGAGGAUUUGGAAAAAGAAAGAGGUGCUGUUAUGGAAGAGUAUAGAGCAAACAGGAACGCCAAUGGCAGGAUGCAGGAUGCACAUUGGCUUUUGAUGAUGGAAGGUUCAAAGUACGCUGACCGCUUACCAAUUGGAUUAGAGAAAGUGAUCCGGACAGUUUCUCCUGAAAUCGUAAAGCAAUUCUACACAAAAUGGUACAAUUUGCAGAAUAUGGCUGUCAUUGCUGUUGGAGACUUUUCUGAUACGAAGAGUGUUGUCGAUUUAAUAAAGACCCACUUUGGUAGUAAAGUACCCGCCACUGAUUACGUGGAUAUACCUAGAUUUCUAGUCCCAUCUCACGAGGAGCCUCGUAUUUCAUGUUUUGUGGAAUCUGAAGCUGCUGGGUCAGCAGUCAUGAUCAGCUGCAAAUCACCAGUAAUUGAGCUGAGAACUGUAAAAGAUUACAGGGAUUUACUUGUAGAAGCCAUGUUUUACCAUGCAAUGAACCAACGCUUCUUUAAAAUAUCACGCAAGAAGGACCCACCUUACUUUUCAUGCUCUGUUGCUGCAGAUGUUGUUGUUCAGCCAAUAAAGGCCUAUAUAAUGACUUCAUCUUGUAAAGAAAAAGGAACUCUUAUUGCACUGGAAUCAAUGUUAACAGAGAUUGCAAGGGUUCGAUUACAUGGGUUUUCUGAGCGAGAAAUAUCCGUUGCACGUGCAACGAUGAUGUCUGAAAUCGAAUCUGCUUAUUUGGAGCGUGACCAAGUGCAGUCAACCAGUUUACGUGAGGAAUACUUGCAUCAUUUUCUUCGUAAGGAACCGGUUGUCGGAAUCGAGUACGAGGCCCAGCUUCAGAAAACUAUAUUACCCCAUAUAUCUGCAUCCGAGGUAUCCAAAUAUUCAGAGAAUUUUCGCACUACACAUAGUUGUGUUAUAAAGGCAAUCGAGCCUCGAGCUGCUGCAACGGUGGACAAUCUUAAAACUGUUGUGUUAAAGAUAAAUUCACUUGAAGAUGAUGGCAUCAUAUCUCGUUGGGAUGAAGACCAUAUUCCAGAAGAGAUUGUUACAAUAAAGCCAAACCCUGGGAGUGUAGUGCAGGAAUCUGAAUAUUCAAAUAUUGGAGCAACUGAGCUGAUCCUGUCAAAUGGCAUGCGUGUCUGCUAUAAGUGCACAGACUUCCUUGAAGACCAGGUUUUAUUUACAGGAUAUGCAUAUGGUGGUUUAUCCGAACUUCCAGAAAGUGAAUACAUCUCAUGUUCAAUGGGCUCCACCAUUGCUGGAGAAAUCGGUAUAUUUGGUUAUAGACCAUCAAUGUUGUUGGAUAUGCUUGCUGGUAAGAGAGCUGAAAUCGGUACAAAGCUUGGAGCAUACAUGCGAACUUUCUACGGUGAUUGUUCACCAACAGACUUGGAAACCGCUUUGCAGCUGGUCUACCAACUUUUUGCAACAGAAGUAGUACCGGGGGAAGAGGACAUUAAGAUCGUGAUGCAAAUGUCAGAAGAGUCUAUUAACGCUCAGGAAAGAGACCCGUAUACAGUGUUUGCAAAUCGUGUGAGGGAGCUUAAUUACGGGAACUCCUACUUUUUCAGGCCAACAAGAAUAAGCGAUCUCCGAAAAGUUGACCCGUUUAAAGCUUGUGAGUAUUUCAACAAAUGUUUCAAGGACCCAUCAACAUUCACUGUAGUGAUCGUUGGGAAUAUUGAACCUACUAUUGCAAGGCCCUUAAUAUUACAAUAUUUGGGUGGAAUUCCGAGACCAUCUGAACCGAUUUUAAAAUACAACCGUGAUGACCUCAAAGGCUUGCCGUUUACUUUCCCCACUACCAUAAUUAGAGAAGUUGUCCGUAGCCCCAUGGUGGAGGCGCAGUGUUCUGUCCAGUUAUGCUUCCCUGUCGAGUUAAAGAAUGAAAAAAUGAUGGAAGACGUUCACUUUGUUGGGUUUUUGAGCAAGCUCAUAGAAGCAAAAAUAAUUCAGGUUCUCCGUUUCAAACAUGGACAGAUUUACUCAGCUGGCGUUUCUGUAUUUCUUGGUGGUAACAAACCUUCACGUGUUGGUAAUGCUCGUGGUGAUAUCAGUGUCAGCUUUUCGUGUGAUCCAGAUGUCGCUCUAGCACUGGUUGACCUUUCUUUAGAUGAGAUACUACGUCUUCAAGAGGAAGGACCCUCAGAUGCAGAUAUUUCUACAGUACUUGAGAUUGAACAGCGCGCACACGAAAAUGGAUUACAGGAGAAUUAUUGGUGGCUUGAUCGGAUAUUGCACGGUUAUCAAUCUAGGAUCUAUUCUGGGGAUGUUGGCUCCUCUUUCGCGAUUCAAGAUGACAGUCGUUCAGAUGUUAGGAAAAUUUUAACACCAUCAACGGCUCGGCAAGCACUGCAGAAGAUUUUACCUUUCCCUUGCAAAAAACAGUACACAGUAGUCAUUUUGAUGCCUCAGGAUUCUCGUUUUCAGUUACUAAAGUCAAUGGUCACCAAUGCAAAGGUUCAAUUUGGAUUCGCUGGUCUGAUUGUUUUGGCUUUCUGCAUCUGGAGAUACUCCCGAACUUCAUCGAAACAAUAGUCGGUGUUUUUGAGUUGUUGCUCAAACCUAGAAAUUUUGAACGGUAAUAGGACAUUUGGAGAUUAGUUACAAGAUACUCUGGCACACUUCUAGGGGACAUCAUGUUACUAGAUUUAUGAAGAAAAAAAUGUUGUCGUAUUUCUUUACUAUUCCCCUUGGUGCUAGUUUGAAGCUAUUAUUUUGCUGAUUUGGUUA